GCGGCAGGGUACAGAGGUCAUCCUGAGGAUAGGGCUGGAACACCCCCAAGCAGCAAAGCUUUUCUGUGUACACCUCUCUCCAUCUGUCCCAUCCAGCACUCUGCAGACAUGGAUGGCUUGGCCUCUUCUACACUGACACAUUCAGCUUCUCUCAAGAAAAAUGAAAACUAGACAUCAGAUGGUGCGUACAGGCUUUCCACGUGCUGUUUUAAAAGAAUAGCCUUUGACCAAGAAUAAAAAUUGUCGUCAGAAUAAUAUGCGAACAGAUCAUGAAGAACUCUGUGGCACCAGUUAUGGAUCUUUUUGUUUAAAUGGUGGGAUUUGUUAUAUGGUACCUACUGUAUCCAGUCCUUUUUGCAGAUGUAUUGAAAAUUAUACAGGAGCCCGUUGUGAAGAAGUUUUGCUGCCCAACAUCAAGACCCAAGCUACAGUUGACCUGUUUGCAGCUUUCUUGGCUUCAGUUGUUCUUCUAGGGGUACUUGUAAUUGGAACAUUUUACUUCUUUUGCAGAAGAGGGAGCCUAAAAUCGUGGUCUAGUGACGUCCACUCUGUCCCUUCUAGAAGCUCACCAGGUCAAGAUGUGUUAAAUUCUCCUCAGCCUCUGGCACCUGACAUCACCAUUAUCUAUACUUUAGAGGAGGAAGGCCCACGUUCCAAGGACCAGUUCAACUGAGUGUGGUGCCAGCUUGACCGAGACCACCAGCAGCAAUGGCUGCAACAAAAUAACAGAGUAAAGCAGUAAAACAGAGGAACCAUGGCAGAGCAACAUGCAGAGCAACCAUAAACAUAUAACAGGUGUAUGGAAGAGCAUGCUAAGCAGGAUGUGUGGAGAAAAAAUUAGAAACAAAUAGGGGGUUUGCUAAUGUGCUGGGAGAGGUCUGCAGCUAGGCCAUAAGGAAAAACAGUUACAUUUCUCGGAGUUCCAGGCUGUUUGCAAAGGGAAAUUGUAUGGAGAGCACUUGGACCAGCUUUUGACUGUGGGAUUUUUCCCAACAAAUGCAUCUGAAACCUUUUGCUACCAAGUAGUUACAUCAGCUGGUUUCCCCCCUUUUUUUCAAAUGUGCAGUUAGGAAGCAUGAAAUAAUCUUAGAGAUUUCUCACCACAUAGGGAUCAUGAGAUAAUCACAGUGUGUUUUUCACUAUGUAAGGAGUAUGAAAGGCUUCUCAUAGAGGGUUCUUUCACCUGAUCACCCCUUGUCACAGAAAAUUCAGAAGCAUUUCUCAAAGGAGCCCAGAGGCUAGCCAAAUCCAGUGUUUCCCAAAUUUAUAUUUAGAAUAUAUGUCCCGAAUUUGACCUAUUUCAGGAAUACUCAUCAGAUGUGGGAAAAGGUACCUUCUCAUACCACUCUCUGCAGCUAACAUUAGUACUUUUUUUUUUUAAAACAGUGAUUCAAAACAUCACCUUCUAGCUCAGAGACUUCAACUUGCAAGAAAAAAUGUCAAAAUGAGAUUUAUAAUUGUUAAAGAAAAACUACUGGGCAGAGUAAUUACCUUGCAUUUGGUAUAUGCCCCUAAUACUGAGCAAAGGGCCUUCCUCAAUGCUUUUGUUCCUUUCUUGACAUUUCUUUCUGAGGAUCUCAUUACUGAGGGAGAUUUAAAUCUCAUCCUAAAGCCCACUGUUAUUUCAGACCAUAGAAGAGAGGAAUCCAAUUCCCAUGGCCCAUAUUGGAAACAAAACCUUUUCCAGUUGGGGGUAUAUGAAUCCUGGAUGAUGGGGAAGCCACCAGCAAAGAAUUAUUUAUUUUAUUCACACCUACCUUUGCUAUUCAUUCAAAUGCCUUCUAUAUCUUUGUCUACUCACUUAAAGGAUUUUCUAACCAUUACAGAUGGAGGUCAGCUGAUCCAGUCAGUCCCUAUUCCUGUCAUGACUACACACAGACAUUGGCUGGGUAGCAGAAGCCAUAGCAGCUGGGAAUGGCACAAUGCAUUUUUUAAUGAGUUUGCAGCCUGGGGUGCCAUCAUUAGCAAAUCUAAAAUUUAUUUAAAUGAUGAUAAAAAUGGCAAGCUAGCUCCCAAUAUGAUAUGUGGGACUUACAAAGCAGGGUUAAGGGGAAAGUUAUUGCAGACAAUUUCUACUAUUGGAAGGGAAAGACAUGCAGAACACAGAUUGCUCCUCUCUGAAAUAAAAAACAUAAUUUUGCAUAAAAAUAUAGGUGAAAGAAAAAAUUUAAAGAGAUCUAUCUCCCUGUGGGUCCUGCUCCAUGCUUCCUUGUUAGAAGAAACAGAAAAUGUGUUAUAUCAGUUCAGACAAAAGUACAUUGAGAUGGGAAACAAAGGCCAUAAAUAUUUAGCAAAGAUGAGUACCAUGAUUGGGAUGAGAGAACAAAACAGCAAGCUCCAUUACACUGGAGAAGCUGGUUUCCGAGUUAUAUCUGACCCCAUGCAGAUCGAAUGGGAGGGAGGCAAGUCAGUCUCACUCUCAGGAAAAGGGUGUUGCCCAGACAGGUUCUCCAUUGAAUUGUACAUCUCUCUGAUGGGUCACUUUCUCUGCAAACUUACCAAUCUUCUAAACAUUAUUCAGGACUUCCAAACUUUAGCCAAUAGUAGGAAAGAAGCCAAUAUUGCUGUGAUAUUAAAGGCCAGAAGUGAUAAAACUGAAGUUACUACACAUAGACACAUCUCACUGUUAAAUACAGAGUUUAAGAAUUUUGCAAAGGUGUUGGCAGCCAACUUGGAAUCAAUUUUACUUAAAAUAACCAGCAUACACCAAUUGGGAAUCAAUCAGAGAAGACUGCUAUUAGAUAACUUCCCUAGGCAACUGGCUGUAAUCCCUUUGAUUUUACUAAAGGCAAAGGCAGAUAUUUUAUUUUUGUUAGAGGUGGAAAAGGUCUUUAAUCAGGGUGAAUGGAAAUUACUGAAGGGAAUAAUUCUAGAAAAGCCAGUUAAAAAAUGUACUGAAAUCUUACUCUAUAAACACUCAAAGCCCCUCUCGCUUCAUAGAGGAACAUGGCAAAUUUAUCCACAACUUCCCAUCUUGCUGGUAUUAAUCAGAAAAAUAUUUGCACAGAAACUUAGAGAAGAUCAACCAACACAAUGCUUAACUGCAAACAGAUCAGUCCAUAAAACAGUGCUGUCUGUGGAUGAAGCUCUAUUAAUGUUUACAGAGUCACUCAGAUCAGUGGCAUAUGUGGGGUUUAAAAUUAAUCAUAGCAGUACACAAGCCACAUCAAUAUGUCUUAAAUCUCCAAGUGAAAACAGACUACAGCUUCAUUUAAAGUGGCCCAAAUACCACUCAAAAAACAUGGUGGUCAACAUGAUUUCCAACACAAUAACAUUGCUUGAAGCCAUUGGUCCACAUUUGUUGGAAAAAACUAAAAAAUGAUUCAGUGGCAAAAGAUCAUCAUUACAUGGUUUGACAAAACUAUUGUCACAGCUACAGUGUUGUGCCUGAGGAGCACCUCUGCCUUCCAAAAUCUCUGAAGAGAGGUUUCCCUUAACAUGUGAGAGCUCAUUUGGGGAACAGUUGCAGCCCUAAAUCAAAAUGCUGCCUGGCUGUCCCUGGUACACAGCCUUGCUGUCGGGGUGGCAGAGCACACCAAA